ACAUCAAAAAAUUGAAUGGGUUCCGCAAGCCACCACAGGUCAGAAAAGGCAACAGAUGAGGAUGGAGAAGUGGAUGGACGUCUUGCGCUCAUCAGAGCUGGAGUUUUGGGUUUGGUAUUUGUGCUUGCAACUUGUGGCAAUUUCUUCUUCUUGGGCGCACUUUGGAAGAAGCGAAAAAGAAACACAAAAACCCAGCUGUUCCUCUUGCAUCUGUGCUUGGCAGAUCUGGUGGUCGCUUUUUUCCAAGUUCUACCGCAGUUUCUCAUGGAAAUUACGCACAGGUUCCGAGGCACGGACUUCAUGUGUCGGUCCGUAAAAUACUUGCAGGUGGUGGGGAUGUUCGCCUCCACGUACAUGAUUGUGGCCAUGACCAUAGACCGGUACCACGCGGUUUGUAAGCCAAUGGUCUCCUUCUUGAAGGGCUCGUUUAGGAGAUACCUCUCUAUUGGCGCAGCGUGGCUAAUCUCUCUCGCCUUCAGCUCUCCUCAGAUCUCCAUCUUCUCUCUCCUGGAAGUGGAGGAGAACCAGUACGAUUGCUGGGCUACAUUUAUUGAACCGUGGGGGAGCAGGGUUUACGUCACCUGGAUCACCCUGUCGGUGUUUGCCCUGCCUGCAGUCAUUGUGCUCUAUUGCCAAAUAAGAAUAUGCACAACAAUCUACUUCAACAUGAAGAGAAAGGCGCUGCAGACAGGGCGCGCGGGCACGAAGGGUGUGUCCAACGCGAUGCUUAAGACUGUGAAAAUGACUUUUGUUAUUAUCAUGACAUACACAGUGUGUUGGAGCCCGUUCUUUGUUGUCCAGUUAUGGUCUGCAUGGAGUCCAAGCAGUGCGCCUACUAAAGGUCCAGUGUUUGCCAUCAUCAUGCUGUUGGCCAGCCUCAACAGCUGCACCAACCCUUGGAUAUAUCUCUACUAUAGCUAA